AUGGCUCCCAAACCCACCCCAUCGUCUGCUUUGACAAAACUGAUACUAGGACGGUCACCUUCUCAAUCGCCUGCAACCAGUGUUCGUCAUUACAGCGCACCUAUUGAUGGCACAAUCCCAGCCGCAAAGCAAAAAUAUGUCCCUACAGGUGGUAGAUAUCCCAAAGGCUUCCUAGUGUCCGGAACACAUGUGGGAGUCAAACCUACCAACAAAAGCACCCCCGAUCUCGCCUUCAUAGCUUCGGAAACACCAUGUGCUGCUGCCGCCGUCUUCACAAAGAACAAGUUCCAGGCCGCUCCUGUUACAGUCAGCAGAGAAAUGCUGAAAAGAAGGAACAAUGCUGGGGUCCGAGCUGUUAUCAUCAACUCGGGAUGCGCCAAUGCUGUCACUGGAAAGGGUGGCAUGGAGGAUGCGGAAAAGAUGGGCUUGGAGGCCGAUAGGUGUUUUGAAGAGCCAAGUGAUGGCAAGGGAUCAAGUACCAUAGUCAUGAGUACGGGGGUCAUUGGCCAGAGACUGCCAAUCCAAAAGAUCUUGCACAGGAUCCCGUCUGCCUAUGAUGCCCUGGGAACAUCGCACGAUCACUGGUUGGCUACGGCUCAAGCAAUCUGCACAACUGACACGUUCCCUAAGCUUAUCUCCCGAACUUUCUCCUUGCCAUCCUCCCCUUCAAGCGAAUAUCGGAUAGCAGGUAUGACCAAGGGAGCUGGCAUGAUUCACCCAAAUAUGGCAACUUUGCUAGGCAUAAUCGCUACCGACGCUCCAAUCGCACCGGCACUUCUACCAUCUCUCCUUACCAACGCUGUCAAUAAAUCCUUCAACAGCAUCUCCAUUGAUGGAGACACUUCAACAAAUGAUACAGUAGCAGUCCUAGCUAAUGGUGCUGCGGGAGGCAAAGAGAUCACCUCGGAAUCUUCAGAAGAUUAUGCCGCUUUUCAGACGACAUUGACCGAAUUUGCUACAGACCUUGCUAAGCUUGUAGUCCGAGAUGGUGAAGGAGCAACCAAAUUUGUCACAAUUCGUGUGACAGAAGCUCCAUCCGAGGUUGGUGCUCGAAAAAUUGCAAGCACUAUUGCAAGGUCGCCUUUGGUCAAAACUGCACUAUAUGGGAAAGAUGCAAACUGGGGCCGUAUACUCUGUGCAACCGGUUACUCACAGAUUUCGGAGCCUGGCAUGCCAAUUAAUGAUGUUCCGGAGAUUGUCCCUGAAAAGACAAGCGUUUCGUUUAUCCCUACAGAUGGGUCUCCAGAGCUGAAGCUGCUUGUCAAUGGUGAGCCUGAAUCUGUGGAUGAGGCUCGGGCGGCAGAGAUUCUAGAACAUGAAGAUCUAGAGAUUCUAGUCAGGCUAGGGGGUGGAAAAGAGGAGGCAGUAUACUGGACCUGUGAUUACAGUCACGAGUAUAUCACGAUCAACGGCGAUUACAGAACUUAG